UGCCUCUGAAACAUACUCUGGGACAGUAAGCAAGUCCCUAGAGUCACACUGUCUCUGAGCAGCUCCUUUAAUUGAUAGACCAGUUUGGAAUUUUCAUGCAUGGAGGAAGUAUCAAUACUUAUGAAAUCACAGGUGUAUACAGGUCUGUGUUCUCAGAUUUGGAAAGUUUGUUUUUCAGUCCAAACCUAUGUCCCCAUUUAGAAAUAAGAGAAAUUGUCAGGACAAGUGCCCUUUUCAUAUUGUAAAGAAUGUAUUUUUAAUAUAGUCAAAAUCUGUAUGUAUCACUCUCGAGAAUUAGGCUCUCUCUUUUCCCUCCUUACCAUCCUGUGAGGAUUUGUGAAAAAACAUGCAGUGAGGAUUCGCCACAACCCGUUUAGAAGUUUCUGAUAAUGCCUUCAGACUCUUCCAUCCUCUCUUCUGAGAAAUACUGCCUGGGAGUGAAAAAAGCUUACUAAAGUGUGAAUUCAGGUUCCUGGAAGUAAGCAAGCUAAUGGGUCAUGUGCAGUAUGUCUCGCUUUGUAAAUAAGGAAUAAAAAUGCUUUAUUGGCCAUAAGCUAUUUCAAGUGCCAGAGCUGAGUGUUUUACAAAUGGUAAUGCAUAGAAAUGUUUUUAUUGAAUUAAAAUUUGAAAACACUUUUCAAGUAUUCCUUUGUGGUGCUUCCAACCCAAAUAUUGCAACAUUGAGGGCAUAAGAAACAAGUAGGAAGACAGACUAAACAGACUGCUUCGUUUUAUGGGCCAAAGUGAAUGACAUGCAAAAGAGGAACGAGGUAAAAUUUAUUUUAAACCUUGUUUUUGAACUGAAGGCCCGUGUAAGACAGUGCGAUGUUUAUCCCAACACGAUCCCUUCCGUAUAUAGUAUCCUUUCACUUCUACUGCUACGAAUUAUGUAACAACAGUCAAACCCCAGUCCGCCAAAAACCCUUAGGGAAAUGAGUCACUUGGGAAGGCUGAGUUUUCCAGAUAGUUGAAGGCUUUUCUCAAACUAUUUUUUUUUUUUUUUUUACUUUUAUUGGGCCUCAAGAAAAAAUCAGGGUGCUUUAGUUGGAUCUUUUUUUGUUGUUUCUAAUCUCUACUCCAUCAUUCCCUGUCUUCCAUUAGUUUAACAAUCAGAUUGCUCUUAUGAGUUUGUAAGCUUGCUUUCUACAAAAAUCAUAUUUUCCCUCUGGAACCAUGUUUUUAAUCAUGAAUAAAGUCCUUUCAAACACCUUUAGAUUUUUUUUUUUUUUUAAGUUGGAGAGUUGGGAGGUGGGUGGGUGAAGAAACAGAUUUUACUUGAGGUUAUAAUUUUAUUUUCAAAGAAGUUAUUUCAACCUCACAAGUAGUUCACUUAAUUUUCCUUUCCCUAGAAGUGUGCUAGGUAUAAAUUUAAUUGGGGAGGGAAGAGUAAUGGCUAAUAAUGAUAGCUCACAUUUAUAUCUCAUUAAUGUUUGCAUUAUCUUAUUUGAUCCUCAUAACAACCCUGGAGGCAGGUGCUAUUAUUCUCAUACCGAUGAGGAAAUAGACUCUGGGAAGUUGUGACUUGUCCAAAGUCACUUAGUACAAAAAGGAGAUAGGAUUUCAGGAACCUAGGUCCUUAGGAUUCCAACGUCAACAGGUUGGAGUCAUUAUGUAAUAAUGGUGUCUGGCUCAUGUGUGGGAACAGCUUUCUCCAUCUUUGUUGUUGCUUAAUGUAAGCCUGGCCCAAACCAUCUCCACUCAUAUGGCUGCUAGCAGCGGAGCCCUGUGCAGCGGCUUCAGAAACAAGUACGGUUAAAUACUGCAGGGGUGGCUAUCUCGCAACGGCCACGCUGUCCUUCCCUUCCUUUAUUCCCUCCCUACACCAGUUUUAUAUUUGGCAUGUCCCAGUACAUCUUGUGUUCUGCUCCGUGUCUGUUUUAUUUUUUCUUCGGCUCAUGCUACUCAUUACCUCGGCUUCUCUAAUGAUAGGUACGAUUCGGCUUGCAGAGGAGCAGGGCUCUCUAGCUUUUUAUAAUUGGGGUAGGUCCACGGUAGAAAAAGGUGAGUUACGGCACGGGAAAGAAAACAGUACUUGUCAAUAGCAGAUACUUAAUAAACGCCCGUUAACUCAUCUGUACCCGAAAGCAAACAAAACUUCGAAGCUAACAGAAGAGAGUCUCUAUUUGUAAUUCCAUGGGCAUAGGUCCACAUACUCCCCCGUCAUUUCCUUUUCCACUCCGUCUUUUUUUGGAGUUGCCCAGGGCACGCAGAAGUUGAAAGAUUCGUGUAGGGAUCCCAAAGCCAAGACGGAUCAGGGGCGGAACUUGAAUCCAGGCCUUCUUGGCCCUCAAAAGCCAGCUCUCUCUCCACCAGCCACCUCCCUUCUUAGUCUACACAUAAUUACAAAUGAAAAACCUCCACCACAUUUGGCAAAGAAUCCCGAACUCGGCCUAACCAUCCUGCCCUCGCUUCACCAGUCCACGUCGCAAGCCCCCUCCAGCCAAACGAGGAGUCUAGCGCUUCCCAACUGCAAGCGCUCCAGCUAGGAGCACUUGUUCCACCAGAGGCCGCUCGGCUCCCAGCUAAUGGGGAGGCUGGUGUGCCCUCGCGGAAGUGUGAGCAAUUUGGAAAAGUUUCCAGCUCAGCAUAUUUUAGCAAGCCCUUCAUCGCUUAUGUUUGGUGCGUACUUUCAGUGUCCAUGGCACACGUACAAGAGCAAGGAGUUUUACUGUCCUUGUCGGUUUCAUGUACUAGGUGCGUGUGUCUCCCGAGCUCCCAAAAAGGACGAGGUGAAGGUAAAAAUUAUUUUAAUGGCUUGGACCCAUCACAGCCAAGGAGCUGGAUAAAAAGUUAGCCACUAGGGUUUUCGCUGUUUUAAAUAUUAUACCAUGGCAUAACGCUCUCAAAUUUUACAGGCACAAGACAGAUGUUUAAGGUAAAACUCUAUUAAACCUCUGGGCAGUACUUGAGUAUGUUUUGAUCUUUAGGUUUAUUAUUCCUUAGUCUACCUUGUCCUCCACGCUGCAAAGGCUCUCAAGUUUGUUUUGCAACAUAUUCCUCCUCCCCACCCUUCCCUCGCAUGCUGGUUACGUUUUGUAACGCUGCAGCAUUUCCACCAUAACACGCCCGGGGCUGUAAUCCCUGCCUUUGGCACGACACCUGGCAGGAGCCAUUGGGCAAGGAAUGGCUUCCUGCAAACUCGGGCUAGGAGGAUUCUGACCAAGUCUCCUAGCCUAAGGUACGUUAUUCAUUGAGCAGUCACCUGCCCCCAGGGGAAGCGGGGCCUCUGGACCCUUUCCCCCUAACUCUUGGUGGGGUUGCCGGGUAGUUCUGCUGCAGAGGAUAGUGACUGUGUGUGACGGAUGGAGAGAUGCCUCGGUUAUGGGAAGCCGUCUUGGAGCCUAAACUCCAUUCUGGGACAGUGGGCAUCUGGGAGGGGGUGGGGGGUAAGUCUUCAGUGGGGGUGGGGAUCGUGGUCCAGUGCACUUGCUCUGGUGCUACAGGUGGCGGCGCGCGCGCUCUCCCGAGUCUGGCUCCCGCAAGUGCUCCGCGCCGGGGCAGUCCCAGGAGUGGGGAUAGGAGGGGAGGGCUGGGGGUUGGGAGGGGGGUGUUGGGUGGAAUGGAGAGGUGGGGCAGCCUCGGCUCCAGCACCAUUUAACAUCUUGGCGCUGCGACGCCGCGGGUUGGAGACCGACGUGCAGUAAGGUCAUGCUUCUCUGGGCUCCGAAGGAGACGGCAUCAUCCCCAGUGGUGGUGACGGGAUCGCAACUGCUCUCCUUGCAGCCUCCAACUGAGUUGGAACGGCCUUUGGGUGGAAGCGACAGAGUACAGGUCAGCGGUGCAAGGCAGAAAUCAAGCCUUCUGAGAUCAGGAGCCAUGAUGCUGCCAAAGAUCUUCUGGUGGUUGGGCAUCUGGAUUGCCAUUAUAUUCUGCACACUCUUACAGGCAAGGGCAGAGAAGUCAACAGGGGCAUAUUUCCUGCCUGAAUUUGCCCUUUCUCCCCAAGGAAGUUUUCUUGAAGAUACAACAGGGGAGCAGUUCCUCACUUAUCGUUAUGAUGAUCAGACAUCAAGAAUUACAAGGUCAGAUGAAGAUAAGGAUGGUGGCUGGGAUGCCUGGGGUGAGUGGAGUGAUUGUUCCCGGACCUGUGGUGGAGGAGCAUCAUACUCUCUGAGGAGGUGUUUGAAUGGAAGGAGCUGUGAAGGGCAGAAUAUUCGAUAUAAAACCUGCAGCAAUAAUGACUGCCCUUCUGAUGCUGGUGACUUCAGAGCUCAACAGUGUUCAGCCUAUAAUGAUGUCCAGUACCAAGGCCAUUACUAUGAAUGGCUUCCUGUCUAUGAUGAUUCCGCUGCACCAUGUGCCCUUAAGUGCCAGGCUCGAGGGCAAAACUUGGUUGUGGAAUUGGCCCCCAAAGUUCUUGAUGGGACUCGCUGCAACAUAGACUCCUUGGAUAUGUGUAUUAGCGGUAUUUGUCAGGCAAUAGGAUGUGAUCGACAGCUUGGGAGCAAUGCCAAGGAAGACAACUGUGGCGUCUGUGCGGGAGAUGGAUCAACAUGCAGACUUGUGAGGGGACAGUCUAAGUCCUAUGUUUCUCCUGAAAAAAGGGAAGAAAAUGUGAUUGCUGUUCCACUGGGAAGUCGAAGUGUGAGGAUUACUGUGAAAGGACCAGCCCACCUCUUUAUUGAAUCAAAAACCCUUCAAGGAAGCAAAGGAGAGCACAGCUUUGCUGCCCCUGGAGUUUUUGUUAUAGAAAAUACUACAGUUGAAUUUCUGAGAGGGUCUGAUAGGGAAACGUUCAAGAUUCCGGGACCUCUGGGAGCAGAUUUCAUCUUCAAGACCAGGUAUACUACCUCCAGAGACAGCGUGGUCCAGUUCUUCUUCUACCAACCUAUCAGUCAUCAGUGGAGACAAACUGACUUCUUUCCCUGCACUGUAACAUGCGGAGGAGGAUAUCAACUCAACUCUGCUGAAUGUGUGGAUGUUCGCUUGAAGCGAGUUGUUCCUGACCAUUAUUGUCACUACUACCCUGAGAACACAAAACCAAAGCCAAAACUAAAGGAAUGCAGCAUGGAUCCGUGCCCUUCCAGUGAUGGAUUUAAAGAAAUUAUGCCCUAUGACCACUUCCAGCCUCUCCCUCGCUGGGAACAUAAUCCUUGGACAGCAUGCUCGGUGUCCUGUGGUGGAGGGAUCCAGAGGCGGACCUUUGUUUGUGUGGAAGAGUCUAUGCAUGGAGAGAUAUUGCAAGUGGAAGAGUGGAAAUGCAUGUAUGCCCCUAAACCCAAGGUGAUGCAAACUUGCAAUCUUUUUGAUUGUCCCAAGUGGAUUGCCAUGGAGUGGUCUCAGUGCACAGUGACAUGUGGUCGAGGGUUAAGAUAUCGAGUUGUCCUUUGUAUCAAUCAUAAUGGACAACAUGUUGGGGGCUGCAAUCCACAACUCAAGUUACACAUCAAGGAGGAAUGUAUCAUCCCAGUUCCAUGUUAUAAACCAAAAGAAAAAAAUCCAGUGGAAGCCAAAUUACCCUGGUUCAAACAAGCCCAAGAACUGGAAGAGACCAGAACAGCAGCGUCAGAAGAACCAACGUUUAUUCCUGAACCUUGGUCAGCCUGCAGCACCACCUGUGGUCCAGGUAUCCAAGUCCGAGAGGUCAAAUGUCGGGUUCUGCUUACAUUCACUCAGACAGAAACAGAACUGCCUGAGGAAGAAUGUGAAAGCCCUAAACCAUCCACCGAACGGCCUUGUCUCCUUGAAGCAUGUGAUGAAGUCCCUGCUGCACGUGGACUGGAUUUCUCGCGGCAUGAAAAGCACAGUGAAACUAUUUAUGAUUGGGAGUAUGUUGGUUUUACUCCUUGCUCAGCUACAUGUUUGGGAGGCAAACGAGAAGCCAUAGCUCGAUGUCUACACAUCCAGACCCAGCAAGCUGUCAACGAUACACUGUGUGACCUAGCCCAUCGUCCCCCUGCAAUGACUCAGGGUUGCAACACCGAUCCCUGUCCUCCAAGGUGGCAAACAGGGUCCUGGAGACCAUGCUCCGCAACUUGUGGUGUGGGAAUACAGACCAGAGACGUGUACUGCCUGCAGCCCGGGGAACCCCUAGUCCCUUCUGAAGAGUGCAAAGAUGAAAAGCCUCAUGUUUUGCAAGCUUGCAAUCAGUUUGACUGUCCCCCUGGCUGGCACAUAGAAGAGUGGCAACAGUGUUCUAGGACCUGUGGUGGAGGAACUCAGUAUCGGAGAGUGACCUGUAGGCAGCUGCUGACAGAUGGCAGCUUUCUGAACCUGUCGGAUGCAUUGUGUCAAGAACCUAGAGCAUCAUCCCAUAAGUCCUGUGCAAGAACUGACUGUCCACCUCAGUUAGUUUUAGGAGAGUGGUCCAAGUGUUCUGUAACUUGUGGUGUUGGGAUUCAGAGAAGGAAGCCCAUCUGUCAAAAGCUGACCUCCAAAGGUCGCAACAUCACACUUAGCGGGUCACUGUGUAGGGGUCGGCUGCAUGCGCCUCUCGUAAGGUCUUGCCGGAUGACAAUGUGUAAUAUGAUAAAGCCAGAUGUUAUACCAAAAUAUGGUGCCCAGGGUCCUCAGAUCCUUGGAAUCAAAAGAGUCUACAUUCAGACAAGAGAAGAAAAACGUAUUAAUUUCACAAUAGGUGGAAGGGCUUAUCUACUUCCCAAAACAUCUGUGGUCAUCAAGUGCCCGGUAAGAAGGUUCCAAAAGUCUCUCAUCCGGUGGGAAAAAGACGGACAGCGUUUGCAGAACUCCAAAAGACUUGGGAUAACCAAGUCAGGUUCAAUGAAGAUUCAUAGCCUUGAAGCCAGUGAUAUUGGACUGUAUCGGUGUAUUGCGGGGCCUGUGCAGGAAACAUUUAUUCUCAAACUAAUUGGUACUGAUAACCGACUCAUAGAACCCCCAGCCUUCCGAGAUCACCUCCUUGAACAUGGCAGGAUAGACCAUAAUGAAGCUAAUAGUUUGGGAGCCACGUGGCAUAAAAUGAGACAAAUAUGGAGUCAACAAAAUGAACUGUAUCUGGAUGAUGGUCAGGUUAGUGACCAGCCACUCUUGAGAGCUCUCGUCCACCAUGGCAAUAAUCCGGCAGAAACUCCCAACUCCUUGGAAUUUAAAGAUAAAUGUUUAGAAGCAGCUGUCCUACAAGGAUCCUACAGUAUGGACACCGUACAGUUUGAAGAGCUAAUAAAGAAUAUGAGUCAGCUUAUCGAAACUGGAGAGGUGAAUGAUGAUAUUGCAUCCCAAGUGAUCUACGAGGUGGUUGCUGAGUUAGCAAAGAUACAGCCUACAAGGGAGAAAUGGAGAGGAGCCCAACUUGAAUCUUCCACCACAAAACUGAAUAUGAAAAGUCAAAAUGUGUCUAGAGGCUUCAACUCAAAGAACCCAAACAGGCAAACUGUCAAGCAAAAAGGACUUGCUCUCAUGAAACAAAACAAAUUAACCCCAAUUUCCUUUAAUAAAACAAUAAAUUCGAGGAUUGGAAAUGCAGUUUUUAUUACCCAAAGUACUGAGAUCAUCAACUUGUUCUGUGACCUUGUUAAAACUAAUGGUGCUAAAUAUACAUGGACCAAAGAUGGAGCAGUACUACAGCCCUCAGAAAAAAUAAUACUGGAUGGAACCAGAAAAAUACAAAUUCGGAAUCCUACAAGGGAAGAACAAGGUGUAUAUGGAUGUACUGUGGUUAAUCAUCCUGAUUCAGACACAAAAACUUCCUCUGUGUUGUAUGCAGAGGGACCUGUCAUCUUGGCUGUGGCAAGAAAUUUCACAGAAGUAGAGCACGGCCGUCUGACUGUGACUGUCGGUGGCACUGCCAAGGCAACAGUGGGAGCCAACGUCACCAUGAAGUGUCCUGUCAAAGGUAUUCCUCAGCCUAAUAUUACUUGGUUAAAAAGAGGAGGAUCCCUGAGUGACAAUGCUUUCUUGCUUUUCAAUGGGUCCCUAGUACUGAAGAAUGUUUCACUUGAAAAUGAAGGCACAUACGUAUGCACAGCUACCAAUGGCCUUGGAAAAGCAAUGGCAGCGUCUGUUCUUCACCUGUCAAAACCAAGAUAUCCAGACAUAAGAGUUAAUUUGCCCCAAGGGAACAAGAAACAUGUUCUAAUAGCAUCCAACAUCAGUACAAAUAUCAGUUUGACAACUGGACAGAUGCUUCAUAUAGAAUAUAAUUGGGAACCUGGUGAAUGGACACACUGCUCUGCUACUUGUGGCAAUCUUGGAAGCCGCAUUCAGAGACCCCAGUGCAUGACAACAAAAAGACAAAAAGUCAAUGAGACCUUUUGUAAUCACCUCCAGAAGCCACAAAAUCUGGUCCAGGCCUGCAACAGACGUGACUGCCCUCCAAGGUGGCUGACAAGUAACUGGUCAGAAUGCUCUGUGUCUUGUGGCAAUGGAUUUCAACAUCGUCAGAUAACUUGUGAGCGGGUAAAAGCCAGCGGCAUCGUGCAGGCGAUGUCUCCAAAUGCUUGUGUCCAUAAAGAUCGACCUUUGGGCAGAAAACGUUGUUCAGGUCGAGCUUGUAAUGAAUGGGCAGUCCAAUUGGGGAGCCAGUGUUUGUCAGGGCAGUGUUCGGGCCGUGCCCAGGAGAUGCAGCGUCUGCCUGUGCUCUGUCAGCACCAAAAUGGCUCAGCGGUAUCUGACCUGGAUUGUGAUGAAAGAAAGAGACCCACCCUGAGGAGAAACUGCUCCUCUGAGCCAUGCGAUGUAUACUGGCGCACAGGCCCUUGGAGGCCCUGCACUGCAGCCUGCGGCAAUGGGUUCCAGUCCCGGAAAGUGGAAUGCAUACACCGAAAAAGUAGCCGACCUGUGGCGGUCCACCACUGUGCUUCUAGACAGAGACCAGUGACAUGGAAGCAUUGCAAUGUUACUUCCUGUGGUAAAGGAGAAUGCAAGGACACAACUCACUACUGUACAUUUGUAAAGAAUCUAAACUUGUGCUCGAUAGACCUCUACAAACAAAGGUGUUGCCAGUCUUGUCAAGAAGUAUAGCUCUGUGCAGAGUUCAUGGUGCUGCUAUGAAGAGGAGAAAGAAGUUCUUUGCAUGUAGCUGGUUCCAAAGUAUGUAUUCAGUGUAAGACUCCAGGCUUAAAAGUAAAAUGGAUGUUGAUGCAGAAACACUACAGUUAAGAGUGGAAUUUUUUUCCAUAAUUUUGGUUUUUUCUUCUUUGAUCAACAUUUCCAUGAUGAACUUUUAACACUUAAAAUUUUGUUGUCGUUGCUGUUCCAGAAUUUGAAAUACUACAGCACAUAAUCCAUUGAACUGAAUAGGCCCUUGUCAUGUUAUAAUCAGGAAAACACUAUUAUUACCAGUGCUCACUUCCUGUGAUUUGUAGGAAAUCAUAGUAGUUUAAUUCAUCUUGAAGACUUGGGAAGUGCAGCAACUGAUGACUGUUUCUCAACUUCGUAUUUUUAAUGUUUGUCGGAAUUCACAAGGUACUGAAAUUUCAGAUCCUCUGGCCAGUAGCUAUCAAAGUGAUGGUUGUCAUUGAUUGUAUUUUUCAUAGCUGGCUUUAAGAUUGGACUAUGAGGCAAACUCUCAGGACAAAUUUUCUCAAGAUUGGCUGGUGGCUAUCCAGUGUGGGAGAGCAUCUCCCAUCCUUAACCAGCAUUUAUGUACCAAAAUGGAAAAGACCAUUCUUGACAGCCUUGCCAUUUUCCACUGCAGAAAUCUGCAUUUUUUUAAUCAGAGGUAUUGUUGUUUGGCUUGGUUCCUCUUUUCUUCCACUCAGAUUGAAAUAUGAUCAGAGGGAAGCUCUGCUUAGUUUUUUCUACUGACUGAAUUAGAUUCAACACUUCCUUAGAAGAGCUGUGAAUGACACUUUGGUAAGCACUAUUCUCUUGCACAUGACUAAACAGGAGAAGCCUUAUCUGGUCCAGUCUGUGUCAAAUAUCAUUCCCUAGUAUUUUAUAUAUUUUUUUCAAUCCUCAAACUAAUAAGGAAUUGGUAUUUUAAGCAGGAAGCUUAAUAAUGAAACCAUUGAUUAUUUUCAUACACAUUGAGCUUCCAUUACUCAAAAAAAAAAAAAAAAAGGAACUUAAGCUUGUAUAUUAUAAAUUCUAAAACUAUUAUUGAAAGAGACUUCUCUUCCAUCUUCCUAUAUGUAUUGCCAAUUCUAAGCCUGAUUAACCAAAAAAAAAAGUCAGGAGAGGAGAGGUUGAGGGAAGAGAAAAAGAGUUAAGAAUUUAGCAUUUGGAUGACCCAGCAGUUUGAGGAAGGUGCUGUAGCUUCCCUGUUUACAUGCAAUAUUUUACCCAUUUGUAGCAAUGAUGAAAUCUGAGGGGGAAGCACAUCUCACUGUUUCUUGCCUCAAUGCCCAACAGAGGACGUGCAUUUUGGCUUUGGAUUUCUUAGAGGACAGAGCAGUCCACAGAGUUGGCACGUGUAAUUUGGAAAGCCACAGGUCUCCUAGGCCAUAAUUUUUAGCAUCACUGAAACUGAGAUGAGCACUACUGUAUCCCAAGGGCUUAGAAGGCACAGCAUUUGGUGGCUGUGUGGAGAGGAUACCCCAGAUGACAAGCUUUUUUUUUUUUUAAUCAGUAAUGGGUCUUGACUGUUGAAACAGGUUUUUAAAUUAAAAGGACAAAGAACAUUUGUAAGAUAACUUUUGUAUAUAUUUAUUGUAUGAUUCUUAAAGUGCAAUAUUUUGUUUUGUACAGUGUGUAAUAAAGAUUAUGGAACAUAUAUUUUUCUUAUUACCAAAAAUUCAUAUUAAAUUACUUCAUAUUUGUAUUUAAACAUUGAGUUAACAUUAAACAUUUCUUGUUUUCUAUUAUACCCUCUGGGUUGGGUUGAAUAUAUUCUUGCAAUAAGGAAGCUAUGUUUAUUACCAUCAAAAUGACAUGCCUGUGUAGUGUAUUGACUACUUUUACAGUAACAAAAAGUGUUCACCAUAUAUAUUUCAUAAAAACUGCUUCAAUAAUUCAGAAAUAAAAUUGACUCUGGUUAUUCAGCUGCA